UUGAAAGCCUUGACCGGAAACGCAUAUGCUUUAUCGCUGUUAUGACUCCCUGAGGAGUUGCCCGUUUUCCCCAAGUUUUGGAAAUGUUUUCCGAAGUUGUGCAGCAACGUUGAUUUUCAUCUUGUGUCCGUGUUUAAUUUUUUUUAAACGGUGUCCACAGUUUCUCCUGAAGUAUUGGCAUACAUUAAGAUGUUCUCGCUCGUCAGAAGCGCUGCCUCGGUUGAUGUUCCUCCAGAAAAAGGAGUGGGAAAUGUUUCCAUCGCGGAUUUUAACAGCGGCAACAUCCAGAAACAAUGCAGCCCGUGAGCUAGCGGCUCUCCUCGGUGAGGGUGGCACCCCGACUUACGAAUGCUUCAGGUCCACUUUAUCGCGACGAGGGUCACGAUAUGCUCAUUUAUCUUGAAUAUCCACGUGUCAUGUUUGUUUCCACCUCCUUUAUAUUUCCGCCGGUGUCACAAUGUGACCGGGCGUGAGGGUCGGCACGCCGGUGAGUGUGAGUCCAGUGCUGGACAUCAGCCUUGUUAUGACGGCGCGUCAUGGCACACACAGCUACCACCUCCUCCUCUCUCGGAGAAACAGGAGGCGAGAAGCCUAAUGGUAAAGAGGCUCUCCAGUAUAUAUGUGAAGCAACAUGACCCCUGUGAGAAAUCCGCAGAGCUGACAUUCCCUCAGAUGGAUGGAACAAUGGAAAUGAAUGGGCCUAUGGUGUUGUCUGCAGAGGGUUCACUCUCUUCAACAGCUGCUGCUGGUCCGUGGGGACACUCCUUUUAUUCUUCAUUUACGUACAUGUCAAACAUCUUAAACCUCCGGGGCCGCAGAAGCACACUCACCAGAUAUAACCCGGGCCACACUCUGCCUCAGGUUCAGAGUGUAGCACCUCUAUCUACAUUUGGGGUCAAAUUUCACAAGUGUGCCCAGGUGAAGCUGGACACUGAUCCCCCUCAGCUGACAUUCUUCCUGCUGAUUCACAACAUGGGCCCAGUGGGUGGCACCAACCUGUCUCAGGUGGCUAUUCGGGACUCCAUCUCUGGAAUAGUACCCCUAAAAACUGAAGGCAGGGUGGUGGAAAGAGGCUACCAGACGUUUGCCAUUGAUUCACUGUCUGCUGGAUCCCAAAUUAUUGUCAAUUAUACUGCUCACGUAAGGAGUCAUAAGAGUGAAGUCCUGGACCUUCCAGCUUUCCUCACCUUCUCUAACGCCUCACAGAAUGAUGUCAGCAUGUUUGGUCCAUUGACAGUUAAUCUUACCUUGAGGGUGAAUUCCACUGACAGGAUGUAUCCUAACCAUGGGGUCCAUUUUGCUGGAUUUGUUGUGGGGUUCUUCGUCACGUUGGUGCUGCUGUCAUUGGGGUUUCUGGCCAUGAACUUGAUAGGUCUCAGGACCAGGCUGAACCUUCUCCAGCAAAGGAGAAACAGAGGUGAUUCAGACCCAGAGUAUGCAGACUGCAACAUGAGUGAGACAGUAAAAGAUGAGGCAAUGUUUGAAGAUAAAAUGGUAGACAUUAUGGUGCUGGAGGACCCCCAGAACAUGUACCAGGCUUUGGAAAAUCUUGAAAUGUCUACACUGCUGCGUACCACCAACAACCUGGAGGCCACCCGGAUUCAGAUCUACAAGGACGUGAUGUCCUCGCUGCUGGGCGGCCUACGGUUCCGAGGCCAGGCCAGCGCCCAGGCCCAGCAAAGGCUGCUCAGUGUGCUUCACGGACAGCUUCUGGGCAUGGAGGGUCGGCUGAAGGAGGAGCGAGGGGCCCGCAUGGCUGCUCUGGCCGGCCGAUGUAACCUGGAGACUCGUGAAGAAAUGGAGGCAAAGCACCACAGAGAAGCUGCUGAGAAGGCACAGGCCGAGCUGCUGUGUCAACAUGCAGACCAACAGGAGCUCCUCCACUGCAGUGUCCUCCUGGAGAAGCUACACAAGCUGAGCCAGAAUCAGCUUCAGCGCAUACUGCUGGUCCGACAUGAAGAGGCCUCCGCAAAGGUCCAGAGGCAAAUCAUUGAGUGGCGCCGGGUGGAACUGCACAAGAUUUUCUCUGAGGAACUGGAGGAGGCCACCAGGAUGGGCGAGCUAGAAAAGAGCACAGCCAAAAGUCUUCAGCAUGAUUACUUUGCCUGUCAAGAUCAUCUAGAGGAGGUGUUGGAUGUGGUCCUUGCCAACCAGCGCUAUGUGCUCGCUGAACGCCAUGCGCAGAGGAAGUUCUUGGUGCACAGCCUUCACAGCCUCAACAGCCUGAUUUCUGACACCUUCUCCAGCACCUCCAGCAAUUUGGACAGCUGGUUCACUCACAUCAAGAGAGGGAGCACUGUGCCUGCAGAGCAGAUUGACCAGCUACAGGAGAAAGCCCAAAAAGAGUUGGUGAUGGUGAGGCAGAGACUGGACGAGGCGCUAAGCCAAGAGAGGAGAGCCAUGCGCUGUGGACUCAUCAAGAAGCGGCGGGAGCUCAUCUCUGACAUGCUGCAGAUCCAAAAACAGAGACAGAAGGAUCUGUCGGGUCUGUCUAAGGGUCUGGAGGGAAAGAUAGAUGUAGCCCAGCACCUACACUGUUGGCAGAACUUACUGACGGCUCACAGUUUGGAGCUGGCAGAGCUCAUCAACAACCUAGAUGAGGAGGCUGCUGCAGACAUCCGCAAGGUGACCAUGCGUGUGAUCCAGGGUGCCAUAACUGAAGUCAAAACCAUCCAGCCCUCUGCAACCCAGGCCCUGCUAACACUACUGCCUCCUGGGACACAGUGCUCCCUCCUGCAGGUAGAACCAGAGGCAGGACCAGGACAAGUCCAGGGACAAGGAGCAAGCACCCUCCUGCAGCAUCAGGAAAAGUUGCACCAGGAAGGCAAGGCAGCAUUACGCACCCUAAGCUGCACCAGGGAGGCUCUGCGGGAUGUCAUGGAGAGGGAGCUGCAGGAGCAGAGGGAACUCAGGGCGCACUGCAGAGCUUUCUUCAGUCGUUUGUGUUCGUCCCAGUUGACUCUGUGUGAAGACGACCAGCUCAGGAUGAAACUAGAGUUUCAGAAGUGUCUGUCUGUGAUGGACCGCUGCCUGGUGCUGCCCCAUGCUGUCUCCAGAACCAAACUCCAAUCCGCUCUGGCAGCUUGGAGAAAGGAGAGCGAGCAACAGAUGGCGAAUAUGCAAUCCAAGGGGAAAGCUGGCGAGGCCAGAACGAAAACAGACACAUCUGACCUGCAGCUAUUCCAGACCAGGCUUGAGGACAGAAUCCAGCUGUUUGAGAAGGAGAAGGAGAAGGAGAUGGAGAGCAGUGUCAUGAACAAAGUGAUGGAGGAGAUGCGGGUGGAGAGAGAGGAUGAUCUGCGCUCUCAGGCUGACAGCCUGGCAAUGCAGAUGGCCACCAUCCACUACCAGAAGGCUGAGAGGAAGACGAAGGUCUUGGAGACCUCCAGAGCAAUGCUCACUCUGCACAGCCUGCUCAUUCAGCAGCUCAGAGAGAGGAAAAGCCUGGAGAGACAAGACAUGGCCAAGAGUAUACAAAACCACUGCUUGGGCCUAGAAGAAGCAGAACAGCAGCUUCAGAAGGAGAGGACAGAGUUGGAUGGCCUGCAGAUGUCUCAGUCCAGCAUCAAGUCAAAUCCAACACAGAAAGAGGACUAUGAUGAGGGAGAGGAGGACAGUGAGCAGGAGAGGCUGUUUCAGCUGCGGCAGGAUUGCAGGAUGACGUCCAUCCUCCAGGAGGCACUCUAUAAGUGUGAGGAGGUCUUCACACUGUUGGCAGAGAGGUCACAAGGAAUGACUGCCAACAAUCAAGCCAUAGAAGAUUUAAAAGAACAAAUGGGGCUCAAAAGACUCUAUGCAAACUGUGACCAGGAUCUGGAAUUUGCGUCUCGGCUGGUGAAGCAGAGUCAGGUGUCUGCAGAGGUUCUCCUGGAAGCCCUGCGUCUCCUGCUGCCCACCCUUCCUGAAAGUGAACUCCUUUCCAUUACCGAUGCCCUCUGUCCCAAACAACACACUGUUUCAUCAUGUACAGAGCAGGAACACUCGGGGUGUGCCGGGGGUUUAAACAGACUUCUACCUGUCAAACUGAGAGAAGACGUGAUGCAUAAAAAUAUGCUAAAUAUGCCAAGCUGCACUGUGGAAAGAGAGAGACUCCAGGAAAAGAGGCAAAGUCUGAUGGAAAAACUGCUCCCCAGAUCCCGUCUCCCGGUUCCAAGAGAUGUUGCACCACUGCUGGUUGAAGAGAAAAGAGAGGAAGACGGUUUUACCAAAGCACAGCAGUCUAUUUAUAAAUCAAGCGCAGUUACACAGCAGCACAGUGACACUGCAAAAGAGAGGCUUGUGGACACAGCGAGUGAAGCGUUACACAGCACAGCAGAGAAAUACGCAACAACUGCAUCUGCCAGCCCACAGGGCAACCCUCCUACUGGAGAAAGGUUGUUUGUGUUUAGGGAUCCACCUGAAUCAUGCGAGUGUGUGGAUGCUCCUAAAAGAAAAAGGAAAAGGAACUUUCUCAACCUGAAGAAAGGCUCAGUGGCUCCAACAAACCUAGUUUGACCCUUACAGACAUUAUCUUUUUAACGAUGGUACAUUUUGAUGUUAUAUGAUAAAUCAUAAUAAGUCAAUGGCUUUACUAUGUAGCAACAACAACAAAAAAAUGCUUUUUCUAAAUGUAUGUAGUAUCUGGCUUUGUUUUUAAGUAAAGGCAGCUGAAUUGUGGUCAA